AAAUUACAUGCAAGACUUUAUCAAUCAUUGUACAUGUCCUCAGAAAUUAGAAAAAGAAAAAGAUUUAGCAAACAGAGGUUUUUGCAGAUUCCUAGGACCAAAGCCCGUAUCCCAGCCGAAGCUAUCCCACAUUAGGCCCAUGAUAAGGCCGUUUUCGUUGCAGUUUCGGUCGCACCUUAUCCCGGGAAACUGAGCGCUCAGAGGAAGAAGCCGCCGCCGUCCAGGGAGACAAACAUGGAGGUGGGCUUGCGGCUACGCGCUCUCGCCCACAGCCGCGCGGCAUUCGCCGGAUUUUCAGCGGCCGCGCACGGCUGCAGGCAUCGCCAACCGUGCCGCGUAGCCUCUUCAUCUGCCUCCUGUUCCCUUGCAGUUGCUUCCAGCGGCAAUGGAGCCGCGGCUGGACCCGUGGGGAGCGGCGUGGAGGUCGCGCGCGCCAAGAGGAUGCUCCAUGUGGUGCUGGUUUCCCCUCUGAUCCCAGGAAAUACAGGAUCUAUUGCAAGGACUUGUGCAGCUUCAGCAGUUGGCCUCCAUCUUGUCGGGCCAUUGGGUUUUCAUGUGGAUGACACAAAACUUAAGCGUGCUGGAUUGGAUUAUUGGCCAUAUGUUGUCGUUAAGAUUCAUGACUCCUGGGAUGAGUUCCGAGAUUAUUUCAUGAAGCAGGAUGGGCAAAAAAGAUUGUUGGCAUUUACCAAAAGAGGCACCCACAUUCAUUCAGCAAGAUUUAAGUUUUCCCUCCUCAUUGAGGUUCAAGAUUUGCUCCAUGCAGCUCAGUGCAUCUGCAGAAGGAAGAAUCUGCAGUCUAACAUGCUCCAGCUGAGGACAACGGGUUUCUACAUGCAUGCCUUUGUGCUGAAGCUUCAUGCACAGGGGUAAGCUAUCCGUACACAGACGCCAUAUGAAAUGAAGAACUUUGUUUCUAAGGGGAAGUGACCACAGCUUCGGCCAGUCGAAACCACAUGUUUCUUCAUCUGCACUUGAGGAAGAAGUUAGCCCUGCAGUGGGUUCACAAGCUGCAGUAGCCAUCGCAACUCUGUAUGCAGAUUUUACAGAAAAUAUACCUUUUUUAUUUUAUCAAAAGGCCAUGCUAUGAUAUCAUCAUUAUGUUCAUGAAUUGUGAUUUGCAAAAUAACCUUUGCAUCUUCAGGGAGGAAGGUUUGCCUUAUUAGGUCUGCAUCCCAGUUGUUUGUGGCAGGAUCAAUCAGUCUUUUACUUUAGUUACAACAUGUCUGCCCGUUUGAGUGAUGACUCUUCUAGUUCUUCCUCUUGGAAUCCAUGGGUCAGACCAAAUAUUGGUGUUGGUACCACUGCCAACUCUCCAUAUGAUCCCCUUCUUGAGCAGGUUUACUCCCUCUAGUAUACUAGGCCAAGUGUAAGGUGCCAUCUGUGGGGUUGGCAUGUAGAGUUGAGCCAUUUGGGUAACACUGUGCUGACAAAACCUGCGCACAUAAGGAAGAUGAGUUUUGAAUAAGCCUCCAUGCCUGUCUUGUAUGCAUAGCUAGAUUGAAGGCGUGUAAGUCCCUAAAGCCCAGACCUCCAGUUUUCUUUGUCUUCAUCAAUAUUUCCCAGCUGACCCAGUGUGUUUUAUUCUCCUUGUCCAUUUGACUCCACCAGUAUCUAUUGAUCAUAGUGCUCAGCUCGUCGCACAAGGACUUGGUUAGAUCAAAGCAAGCCACGGAGUACACGGGGAUUGCUUGUGCAACUGCUUUUACAAGGAUUUCUUUCCCUCUUUUUGAAAGGAGUUUUUCCUUCCAGCCUUAGAUCUUUUUCCACACACUCUUUAAUAUACUUAAAGGUCCUUUUCCUGGCCUUGCCCACAUAGGAUGGAACACCUAGAUAUUUUGAGGAAAGACCUUCCGAAGUAAUCUGUAGAAUACUUCUCAUUUCCUCCUUUAGCCCUUGCCUUGUGUUUGCGCUGAAUAGUGUUGUGGAUUUGUCUUUGUUAAUCAUUUGGCCUGAAGAGGCUUCAUAAGUAUUCAAUAUUCUAUUUACUUCAUGAGCACUCUCAGCAUUGGCCUCCAUGAGUAGUAAAUGACUCAUUUACAAAGAGUAACUGACUUACACUGGGAGCUUCUCUACAGAUCUUGAUUCCCUUUAAUGAUCCUCUCAUCUCAGCUUCAUGUAACAUGGCUGAGAACCCCUCUGCACAGAUAAGAAACAAGUAGAGAGAGGGUCUCCUUGGCGCAGGCCCUUGGGGUGUAAUAAUUUCAGUUGUAUCUUGGUUCACCUUGAUUUGGUACCUAACAGUCGAGACGCACUAUUAUCAGUUUAAUCCAGCCCAUGUUGAAACCCAGCCUUUGCAUCAUGACUCUCAAAAAUGUUCAUUCAACAUGGUCGUAGGCUUUGCUCAUAUCCAAUUUAAUAGCUGCAUAGCCCAUCAAGCCCCUUUUUCUCCUCCGCAGGAAGUGAGUUAGCUCAUAUGCCAAUAGAAUAUUAUCCAAGAUUAGUCUCCCACGCACAAAGGUACUCUGGUUGGGGGAGGUGAUGUCAGGAAGGAUUACCUUGCGCCUGUUUGUGAUUACCUUGGAGACCAGCUUAUACGCCACGUUACACAGGCUUAUUGGUCUCAGGUCCUUUAUGCUCACUGGGUUGGCAUGCUUUGGAAUUAGCACUGAGUGUAUAGUUCCACCCGUCGCGCAUUUCUCCUUCAAUAUCCGAAGAACCUCUUGUAUGACGUGGUUCCCAACAGUUUGCAUCCCAGUCUUUCAAAUCUCCUGCCACCCUGCAUAACAUCACCUGAGUAUUAUGGUCCCCUCGCAUGCCAGCGUUGGUCCAAACAUUGUUGACCACGAUCUCGCAAUCUUCUUGCAACAACCUAGCUUCAAACUUGAAACUACGCGCCAUUCUCCUGAAAAAAUAUGAUCUCCCAGCUUCCUCUAUUUGGAUAGUUAUAGGCCUAUGGUCCGAAUGAUAUGGAUCUCUAUUAGGACUUAAAGGUUAAGGAAUCUUGCACAUCAACUCCUCGAGGGCAUAGUCUAUCCAAUCUUUCUUUAACGAACCGGCUAGCAUCCCAACUAGAGUUAAUUGCAUAAAAGUACCACAAUUGAGGCUAGCUUAACGGAUCAGUACCACUUUUCAAUUUUUUUGCAAGUCAGCACUGGUUUUGGGGUGAGGUGUUGCACAUACUGGUUUUGAUAGUGUUUCUGACGGAUGGGGCACACAUGAACAACCCGCUGAGUCAUACAUGGACCCACUUGUCAGUUCCAUCUUCUUCCUCGUGUCCUCUCUCUCUCUCUCUCUCUCUCUCUCUCCCCAGUCCCCCGCCUCUCGAGCUCCUCGCUCCUGCAGCAUCCGUUCUCGACGCCAAGCUCCCCGCAUAGUCCCGCGCCUCCAGCACGCCACUCACAGCAGUGCAGCGAUUCACGUCAUGCAGGCCACCAUGCCGCUGAGCGGCAAGCGCCCAGGCCUCACGCCAAUUGCACGUACGUAGCAAGCUCCGGGUAUCCUGAUCGAUCUGGCUAGCCAGUGGCUACUUAGCACAUGGGAUGCACGCACCGGCCCAGUACACGACCACAGUGGUUCCGAUCCGUUAACCUUUUUUUUUGCGAGGUUCCGAUCCGUUAACCUAACCCCAAUUGUGGUACUUAUAUGCAAUUAACUCUCCCAACUAUGAUUACGCCAUGUAUGUUUAUCUCCCACAUAGUCAAUCUCUCAACCCACAGUGGUCCAUCAUUAUCAAGGAAAAAGCCAGUGGCCCAUAGAAGUUGUAUGUUGCUCAUGACAGCUAUCUGUGUUCAUUUUUUUUCCUUCAUCCUUCAUUCGUUCAGUAUCAUAAAUGGGUUGUCGUGUCCUUUUCUUGUUGUUAACACUUCGACACCUAAUUAUUCAUAAUUGUGCAUUUACAUGAAUCAUGUUGAAUUGUUGACACUUAAAAUGUUUAUAUAAUACUUGUCCACCCCUUGAAGUUCUUUCUGGGUCAGCCAUCCCAUAACCGAUGUGUGCGGACAGAUCAAUGCAAUGUAAACAUACAAGUCAUAUUCUCUGAAUAGAUGAUUGUAUUUUGUUAGCUUAUUGUCGACAUGU